CCGAUCACCACUCACGGCCAACGACUCGCGAUGAAAGCCGGUGUCGGACGUCGUUUUCUUUCGAGUUUCUGCAAGCUGAGAUCUCGUGCCGCUCAUGAUAAUCAGUUACGAACGCUAGCCCAUUCUCAAACAUCGCCACGUUCAUCCUUAACAACCACUACGCUUCCUCCCUGUCGCAAAAACCUCGCUAUUCGCACGAUAAAGACUCUCUCCAAGCAAAUGCCAGCAGCCAGCCCCGACUUUGAGCAUUUUUUUCGUUAUACAAGUGGGCGGUGGCUCUGGGAUGAAGAACAGCAGCUUCGGGAUAGGUAUCGGGCCUUUAAUGUUGCUGGGCUCCAAGGCUUAGCGGCCAGAGCCGUUGGCUCAGGUAGCUGCGUCUCAAUGACGAAGUUGGCAGAGGGAGGAUUUAACAAGGUCUUCCGGUUGGUUAUGGAUGAUGGAAAAUCAGUGCUUGCCCGUAUUCCGAACCCAAAUGCCGGUCCCUCGUUUUAUACGACUGCGUCUGAAGUUGCUACAAUGGAGUUCGCUCGAGAUAUCCUCCAAAUUCCCGUACCGCGAGUAUUAGGUUGGGGCGCCACAACUGAUAACCCGGCUGAUUCGGAAUAUAUUUUUAUGGAAGAGGCAACUGGCACGCAGCUUGGAGUGAUUUGGGAUAAGCUGAGUCCGGAUUCAAAACUCUCUAUUAUGAGAGAAGUGGUGGCUAUCGAGUCAAAGAUGCUGUCGGUGUCAUUUUCACAGUAUGUUUACUUUCACAUUUAUCCUGAUGUGCAAAAUCUGAUCUGUUCUCUCCCCGCCAGGCUCACCAGCGAGGCUCCAUCAGAACUCAAAGAGCAUAUAUACAAGACGUUCAGUAUUGGGCCUACUGUCGACAGGGGCUUUUGGAAAAGGGAGCGUGCUUCAAUAGACAUCUCCAGGGGUCCCUGUAAGGUCGCUCCUAGUGAUUAUGUAUUAUGUGUUGGCCAGCGGGAAAUGGAGUGGAUCAAAAAGUACGCCGUUCCAAAACCUCCGGGCGACGCUACGUUGGUGUCACCGGCCCAAAACAGUCCAGAAGCCCAUCUGCAGCUGCUAGAGAAGUAUCUCAAAGUGGCCCCUUCCCUUAUGGACAUUGAGCGCAUCCUCACUCGUCCGACAUUGUGGCAUAGCGACCUUCACUCCUCCAAUUUAUUUGUGGAUGACGGCCGUAUAGCCUCCGUCAUUGACUGGCAAGGGUCGUGGGCGGGCCCGCUCUUCCUUCAAGCUCAGCCAUCCCCGCUUGUGGACUACCAAGGUGAUAUUCUACUUCGACGGCCGGAAAAUUUCGAUGACCUCGAUUCUGAGCAUCAAACUCAGAUCAAACAAAAAAUAUUCAUGUCAACGCUAUUCCAGCUCUAUUUGUUGGAAACUAAGAAACGGACCCCGCUGCUUACUAGAACAUUCCAUCUAGACUAUGGGAAGACGAGGCGCCUUCCGGUUGAACUGGCCGGAAAUACGUGGGAUGAUGACAUAGUCUCCUUUCGUGAGGCACUCAUUAAUGUUGAAAGGUAUUGGCAUGAACUUGGCAUUCAAGGCGAUUGCCCCUAUCGCUUCACGCAGGCUGAAUCACAUGACCACUCAGUUGAUGCCGAUGGAUGGAAUGAGGUUCAGGACUUUUUUGACAGUGUUGAAGGUCUUGUCAAAAGGGAUGGCUGGACAAGUCCUGAAACGUUCGACGCUGCCUUUGGGUUCUUCUCAGAACUAAGAAAACGUGGUCUCGCAUAUUUGAAUGGCGAUGAAAGGGACAUCUUCGAAAGACAGACCCGUUGGGCCAAAACACAAGCUGACUUACGAGCGUCUGGGAUGGAACAGUAA